AAAUUUAGUAAACUGUAUAAACUCCUCAAACUUGGUUUCCAAUGGUCAUUCUUUACAGCAGCAUUUUAUUUUAUUUUACAGUUUUUCUCUAGGCUGACAGAAAGAUUUGUUUACGGUGUGGAUGUAUUAGUAGACACAUUCUGGAGAAUAUGGACUGAUGUGCUGGAUGUUCUUGGAAUUGAUGCUUCCAACCUGACUCAUUAUUUCAGCCCUGCAGCAGUUGCCAACAAUCCUACCCGUGUUCUUCUGCUUAUUGGUGCUGUUUUACUUGCCUAUUGGUUUUUGUCUGUUUUCCUUGGAUUCUUCUUCUCUCUUUUACAUAUGCUGUUUGGUCACUUCUUCUGGAUUGUAAGAGUUGCUCUUUUUGCCCUCUCAUGUGUGUACAUUCUCCAGAAGUAUGAAGGAGAACCAGAGCAUGCAGUCUUGCCGCUGUGCUUUGUUGUAGCCGUUUACUUCAUGACAGGACCAGUUGGAUUUUACUGGAGGAGAAAUAGCAGCAACAGCUUGGAAGAGAAGAUUGACCAUAUUGACAGUCAAGUUAGACUUCUGAACAUACGUCUUACUAGGGUAAUUGAAAACAUGGACAGAGCCAAUGACCAAUGAAAUAAAACCUAUAGAUCACUUUAUACCAGCUCACUAGAAGGUUACUAAGCACUAUCUUAUUGAAAGUUAAUAAGCAACAAAACAUCACAUGGUAAAAAUGUGCAAUUUUAAAACUUUAGAUCAUGUGUUAAGAAUAAGAGUAAUUUAUCUAGACUAUAUACUCAGAAUCUUUACAUUUGUAAAAUAAGAUACAAGGUUUUUUUAGAGGGGUAUCCAUGUUAGUCUGUAACUGAAAAAACUUAAAAAAUAGCGAACAGUCAUGCAGCACCUUAGAGACUAACAAAAAAUGUAGAUGAUAUCAUGAGUUUUUGUGGGCACAACCCACUUCCAUAUAUUUAGAGAAUUUUGUCCAUGACUAGAAUUUUAUCAGUGAAUAAGCGCUUACUUUUACAGGCAUUUAAACACAUCUUUUUGUAGUUUUUAUAGAAGCAAAUUGAGUAAUCUAUUUAAAAUACUGAAGCUAAGGUGAGCAUUAUGCAAAUUUGACAUAAAAAAACUUACCAAAUGAUUUUCUUGAGAAGUAGUGAUUGUGGGUCCAAGUUUUAUUUUUUGCAAAGCUGUGAUCAUCCUAAUUUACUGUUGACUUAGUUCAUUGCCUUAAAUUGCCUUUACAUAUAGAAUGAAGAAUUUUCUCACAUUCAGGCCAAAAAUAUCAUUCUUUUAUUGGCAAGAAAGGGGCUACUUCAUAAAUCAGAAGCCCUUUAAAGCUAUUCCAAAUUGAAGAACCCGUAACUCUCUACAGGUAUGUGGGGUUUUUUUCUUAGUUUUUCAUUUUGCCUCACUGUUUUUCUUUAAGUGCAUUUUAAAAAACAAAAAUUGGCCUGAGGAUAAGAAAUGCAGUGUGCUGGCAAAUUUUCAGUGGCAGAGAAGUUUAUAUUUGAUCUUCGUAGUAAAAUACUUUCCACAAGGGAGUGCGUAGGAAGAAAUAUGAUUUUUUAAAAAAAAAUCUCAGGACCCACAUGCUUCCUCAGAUCAAAACAUGCAGCAGAUAAAAUACUUGCAAAUAUAUUGCUGCUUAAAGCUUUCUCAGGACCAAUAAGCAGCAAUAAUCUAUUUUGAGGAAGAUCUGGAUUUUUUCUAAAAUUUUAAUAGUCUUACAGGUGCUUUUUGCUUGAAGUUCUUGUCCCCAGUGGAUCUUUGGGGAGGUCAGUCAUAUUAUGAGGAGUAUAUAAACUAGGGGAUUAUUUAAAAGUGAUGUUAGAGUGCUUUGAAGCAACUAUAUUUUGGUGGGUGUAUAUAUUUGUACCCUCAUCAUGCUAACAAGAUAGAUAAUGAUGACACUGACUGUAAGAUUUGUUGAAGUGUGUUGAGACAAAGUAACCUCAGGGAAGAAAGUCUGAGAAAUCAUUUAACUUUUGUAAUGCAGUGCUUUCAAGCAAGUUAUGGGGAUGUGUGAUUGGAAAGCCUUUAUGUCAUAGUGAUGACACAAUAUAAAUACCAAAAUAGAUAAAAGCACCCUCAUUACAGAAGAAUCUAUUCCUAAUAUUUUUAAAAAACUGUAUUAAAGUAAAAUUUGGUGCUGAGCCAAAAUCUAUUUCACGUGAGUAUCCCUGUUUUCUUCAGAGGAGUUGCAUAUAUCCACCUGAGCAUAAUUUGACAUUCUGUCUUCAACUUUCUGGGUUUGGGUUUAAAUAGGAUUUUAAUUUCAUUUAAUAAAUAUUUUUGCAAAUUUUCUUUUAAUUUUUAACGCUGAAGCAUACAAGAUUAUUUUAAAAAUGCAUGUUACUUGCCUAAUCUCUUUUGGUCUGCCAUAUUAAACUUAUCGCACUAUGAUUUAUUUUUAAAUCCAUGUUUAUGGACAUUUUAAAAUGUAUGGGUUUUGACCUUUGGCACUAACUUCGUGUCAAGUGAUCACUUAAAACUUAGUUAAUUGGUAUAACGUGCAAUAGACAGUAUAUUGUGUGAGCCAUUUUCAUCUUUCAUGCUAUGAGUGGCCACCUAUGCAAAUGCAAGCAUCCUGAAUCCUUACGAAAUAUUUGUUGAAAAUUGCACAAGUAUCUGAUUUAACAACAAAAUUAAAUACACAUGCCUAUAAAAAAUAAAUGUAUGUGCGAGGCUUCCAGUUUAAUAAUGCCAUAUUUAAAUUGUAAGAUACUAUUUUGAAUAACUCAUUUCUUCUUUCUUAAGACUUAAAGGACAGGUUAGCCCUGUGAAUUCUAAUAGAUGUAGUGCUGUUAACAUCAGUGGAGCUAUUCAUAUUAAAACUCACUUCCCUCAGUAGUGCUUAAGAUCUGAGUACAAAGUAGACUCAACUUAGAUAUUAAAGCCCCAAUUUAGCAAAAUGCUUUGUGAAUUUGGGAUCUAAGGACUGAAGCCUGCAAACCUUACAAGAGCGUAGAGUUUCAUUGUUUUCAAUGGGACAAUUCAUAGAGGAGUUGAUCCUCAUGGGUCAGUUCUAUAUAAUCGUGUUCUAAAUAAGGAAUGUACUGUCACCCGAUGUCUGUACAUUCAUGUCUGUUUUCUUUCCUAUUAUUAUAGAUUACCUAAAAUACAAACAUUAUGCAAAAUAUAAAUCAUAUUUAAUAUUGAAGAUAAAAACACAAAGAUUAAUAUAAGAAUAAAGAGUUGCAUAUUAUCAGUUUACAUUAAAAUACCGCCAUAAAAUUUAAUUUUGGAUUAUAUUCAUAUUGUUCCCAUGUCUUUGUCACUUUUUUAGUUUCAGGUAAAACCAGCCCUUUUGUAUCAACACUCUUCUCCCAAACUUGCCCAACCUUCUGUAUCCAGGAAAAUAUAUUUUUGUAUUUACUUACAUCCCAUGUACAAUUCAAUAUUUUAUUUUAAGCACAGUAGAAAAAUUUACAAUAUUAUAAGCAAACAAGACAUAUAUGCUUAGGCAUUUAUUUAAAAUUGGCUAUUUUAAUCAGUAUUGUUUCUCAGUACUCAGUUAUAUCUCAGUGUAUAGUCUGCUAACUUUAAAAGCUAUUUUGAAAGAGCACAAACAAAAAUUCAAUGAUUGUACUUGAAAAUGCUCUGAAUUUAAGGUGCACAGUAGUAGGCAGGAGGCUUAUCUGAUGAUGUAUUUAAGUUGUCUCGUUACUUUUGUAAACACAUUUUACAAAUAUUUUUCCAUACAAAAUUAUAUGCCAUUUUCCUACUAAAUUCUUCUACUCCAUUUUUCAUAGUUCAUUCCAUAGGCAGUGAGUGUGUUAAUGUUGCCAGUUAUCUGAGGGCUUCAGGUAACUUUACAAAGAUGUAUAAUUGCCCCAUUUUAUAAAUGGACAAACUGAAGCACAGAGUUUGAGUGAUUUGCCCAAGAUUGAACUGCAACUCCUAUCAGAGAUCAGAAUAAAACUUGAGAUCUCAUGACUUCCAGUACUUUGUUCUAAUCACUAAAUGGUUCAUUCUGAGAUGGGCAGUAGUAUCUUUGCAUUCUUUGGCAUAGUUUAACAAACCCUGUCAUCGGUUCUAGAGGCUAGUAAUAUUGAACUGUGCCUUUUUAUUGUCCUGUCUUCAGCAGUUAUUUAGAAAAAUGUCAUCUUACUUUAUCAAUUGACUAUAGUUUAUGAUGGACCUAAAGCUGUCUAGCUUUAACAGACAUUCCACUAAGGUCUUAAGUGUUUGUCAUGCUUAGGAUCUAAUAUCUGAAACUACUGUGUGUAUUUCAAUACAUUAGCAUUCUGCAUAGCUUUACAUUAGUAGCAAUUUCUCUACAAGUACACAUCUCACCUAUAGUUAACUGUUUUGUAUUCAGAAUGUAAUGCUUUCAAAAGUGGUAUUGAAUGUCAGAGUAUAAUGUACAAAAUCUAGUGUAGCUUGGUACUUAAUAGUGCGUUCUACAUUUGCUUUUAAAGACUUGUUGCAUAGUUAGUGUGGAUAAUAGACUCAGUACCAACUUUAGCUUUUUGAUUAUGUAAAAUGUUUUUAAUGUGAUUUGCCUCACAUACUGAUAAUCCAUAUUGGGCAGCUAAUGAUGUUAUUGAUCAUAAGUUCUAAUUGUCUGUUUUGAGACUAAAGAUUUUAUUGUAUCUGCAUGUAUUUUAAACUUUUGAAUAAUUCCAUUGAACUGUGAUUACAAUUAGCACAUUAAAAAUUGAUCUUUUUAACAAGGAAGUAAUUAUAUUUGCUAUUAUAGUACUAGUUAUCAGCACUGAUGUCAAUCAUUUAAUUUCACAUCCUGUUUUGUGUAUGAGAUUUAAAGUUUAAAUCACAUUAUAAGUUUGUGCAAAUUGUGUUAUGUAAAAUGAUUUGUUCUGAAGAAAAUGGUGUAUGUAUUCUUUUUACAUGUGACCUUUAAGGAAAUACUAGAUUCGCUGAUAUUUUAGGUCGUUAUGAGUAUCAAACUUAUUUUUACAGAGCUAUUACAUGUCUUUAUUUAUUACUUUUGUGACCACCUGAUCAGUAUAUUAUAUAGUUAAAUAUUUGUAGUGAUUUCACAAAUGAAUUAUAGUAUGGUAAAAAUAAAUGUUUACUGAAACUUUGCACUGAGA